UCUGAUUCACAAACACACGGCCGGAGCUGAAGGCGGAACUCUUCUGCAGCAGCUCGUGUUUCCGCUCGAGUCGCGUGGCACGAACACACUGAACGCUUCUCUCUACACUGUGUUUAUUUUCGCCUCGUUCAUCAAUCUGAACAUGUCAGCAUCUGUGAUCCGAAGAGGGCUUGAAUUAUUCAGCGAGAAAGAUGGAGUGAAGCGUAAGCAAAAGAAGAGCAUCUCUCGUAAGUUUGUGCUGAUGGAGCAGAUCAGCAGCGAGAAGCAGGGCGUUCAGAAGCGGAUCCGGCAGCUGCAGCGACCCGGAGGACCAGCGCGGAGCAAAAACACUGUCAAAGACAAACACAUCCGGUCUGCUCUGGACGAAUACAGAAAGAAGCAGAAGAAGAGUCAGCUGAAGUCCAAUCUGCAGUAUUUCCUGGGCGCUGAUAGUAAAACACCGAGCAGAGACACGAGAGCGAUCGUCCAGCAGCAUUCGGGUCGCCGCGCCUGUCAUCGGCCCGAUCCGCCCGUCUCCAAACCGGAGGAGAAAUCAGUCUUCACUGAGAAGGACUUCCAGAAGUUCCAGAAGGAAUAUUUCUCAAAUCUCUGAGGUCUGGAGCCGAUGUGUGCCGUGGGACAAUAACGCUUCUGUCUGGAAUCAUCUCGGACUCAAUAACAGACUGAUGUCGAACUUUUCUUUAGAAAUCUUUGUAUUUUGAAAAAUAAAGAAUGAAUAAAUGGAAACGAAAGCAGAGACGUGUGUGAUACUGCUGCUGUAAAACUGAAAGUUACUCGUGUGAACCGAGUGCAGAGACUGUGAUUAA